UAAAAAUUGUGAGUUGACUAAAAUUUGAUAUUUAAUAUUUAGUCGAUUGAGAAACUGAUCAGUUUUAAGUAAAACGUUGACGUGUCUGCUACGUGGAUAAAAUUUUAUUAAAAGCACAGCAGAGAAGAGAGGAGUUGAAUAAUGUGGAAGUCACUGUGGAUUGGAAUUGCAUUUGCUUUAAUCGCGGUUUCCGCGGAGCCUGCAAUUGACAAUGAAGAAAUUGUCGGUGACACUGUUGUCGAAGACGCUGUUGUCGGUGAAGAAAAUAAUAAUAAUUAUGAUGAUGAUGACUCGAAAAAAAUAGACGGUAAUAUUCCAGGAUUCGAUUUCGAUAAGGGAUUACCGUCGCCUGAAGAAUUUCUCGCGAUGCUUGAGUCAAUGAAUUUGUCGGAUGAGGAAAAAGCUAAUUUGCAUGACGCUAUUAUGAAUAACGCCAAUCUGGAUCAAGUACUUGAACGUUCCCAAACAUCUGGAAAACCGUUCAUGUACCAAAUUUUAAUGUUACUUGGCCUACUUAGUAUUGUCGCCAUUAUUUUUGUAUUCUUUGGAUACAAACUGUACAAAAGUUUAAUAGAGAAAGAGCGUCGCCGCGAAAUGAAGAGGAAACAAAAAGAAUUGAAGAAAAAAAAAUAAAAUUAAAGAAAUUAUGAUUUUUUUUUUUUUUAAUAAUAACUUGAUAAGUAAAAAAAUUUCACUAAUAAAUACAUUGCGUUAUUACAA